AUGAGGCAGGUCAACCGCACCAGGUCUACCUUCUUUCUGAGACGCGACGCGUCAACCGCGCAGCUCACCAUCAAUCGAGUCGAGUUUCUGUCGACAGUCCAGACAAUCAAGAUGGACUCGGAUGAAUCCGACUUUUAUGGAGACGAGGACAUAGUAACUGGGCUAGAGUCUCGAGUCACGUCCUUCGAUGUUUCCCAGUGGUGGGAGGAGACAGAUGCUAUCCAGAUCAACCGGAGAGUCAAAAUGGAGCCCCUUGACAGCACAAAACUACACAACCCAUACGCCGGCAUUCCCUACGCGUGGCAAUUGACAGAGACCGUCAACGACUUCCUCGCUCGCCUCCCUCCGGAGACAACCGAGCACAGCGACAAAUUUCCUUGGAUCUUCAUCUGCAACCCGUACAUACGCCGCAAAGACAAGUCCCUUGCCCAGAACCAGCGCAGCAGGGGAAACGAGGACGAGGCACCCGAGGAGGAAGGUUCCCGGCUCGAUACUUUGAUCGAGGGAGGCACGGAGAGGCUAAACAUCCUACUCAACUUUAAGCAAGGCAUCAACAGCACCAAAAAGUCUACGGCAGUCAAGAUGCGAGAGAUAGAUCAAGAGCAGAAGGAGGCUUCUCGGGAUAUCUUGAGUCUUGCAAGCCGGCAAGGCAAGUCUUCUGAUCUCGGCGAUACGAUGUACAUGGCGGUGAUUGACGCUUGUCGGCAGUGGAUGCUCUUCUGUCAACCCAAGGAUGUUGAUGAAGUCUGGCGUGUCAUCUCGAAGGCCACAGCCAACAACGAGUUGGGAAUCGCAGCCAAGGUCGCUCCCUGGAACCCACAUACUGACCCUACUGGGCAAAAAGACCGGAUCGUGUGUGUUUAUACGGCCGACUUCGGUGACAAGGCAGAUGUGACUCGUACUCUACAAAAGCUUCGGGAGCUGAGGUUAGUCGAGACCAUGGGACGUCCCAUAUAUUACAAGCCAGGCCCAGAUGCCUUCACAUAUCUUGGUAUAGCUUACGGAAACCAUUGGGGCGUCAAAGCCUCCAUCUACAGCUCUAUGGAUCUUUUACCAAUCUCGUCGUCCACAAGCCAAAGAAUGAGGAUGUCUAGCAGCAGCCAUCUGCGUUAUUGA